GAAUGAAUGAAUAAAUGAAUGAUUCUCCUCUCUCUCUCUCUCUCUCUCCCCCCCUCUCUCUCAAUUCUAAUCUCAUGAAAUUGCUCAGAGCUGCAAGAAAUCCCCCUCUACUCCAUUUGUAGCAAAUUCUCUAUAUCUCCUCUAAUUUUAGGAUUCCCUUUCUCUUUCUCGCGCUCCCCCUUUUUCGUAUCUGAAUUCCUUUGACAUCAAAUUUGAUUCCAGUUUUGCACAGCCUAGACAAAAGAUUUAGUAAAGAUUCCUUUUUUAGGGUUUUCUACGGUUGAAAUCGAUUAUUCAGCUGCAGUUUUACCCCAGAUCGGUGCUUAAAUUGCAUUCCGUUGAUAAUCCGUGGGAUUUGAACUGCUUCCAUUUUUGUCGCCAGCAGCUGAUUAUUAGUAUUGCUCCGGAUUUCGGUUGGUCAUCUUAAAAUUGUUGCAUUGGGGGUUAGAUUUACAGGGUUUUGCGUUUGUAGUGCUUGGCAAUUUCGUGCUUUUGGUUGUUCAUGAAUGAAUUGUAGAAGGGGGUCCUCUGCUGCUUUUGUGGAGGAUCCCAAGUAUUGCUGUUUUCUCGGCUUAUACCUGUAACAGAUUUUCGCCCAAUGCAAACAGGAUAUCCGGACAUGCAUUGAAAGAUUUGAUUAUUUAGCUGGUCUUAGAGCAGGCUUGUAGAUUGGUUUUGGGUGUUUCUGAAUAGCAAAAUAAAUAAUUUAAACUAUUAAGUUACAAUUCUAAGGAGAUAUGUUUGGCGGUACUGAGAGUGGGACAAAUAAGCUUGGGACAGUAAUGGUUCCUACUCGAUUUGUGUGGCCAUAUGGAGGAAGAAGGGUGUUGCUUAGUGGCACUUUUACCAGAUGGCAAGACCACAUACCAAUGUCGCCCAUGGAGGGCUGCCCCACUGUGUUUCAGGUUAUCUACAACCUGACUCCCGGGUAUCACCAGUACAAAUUUUUUGUUGAUGGUGAAUGGAAGCAUGAUGAGCAUCAACCUUUUGUAAGCGGAAAUUAUGGAGUAGUGAACACUAUUUACUUGCCCAGGGAACCUGAUACAAUUCCUGCAGUUUUCAGCACCGAGAUUGCUGGUAGAUCUAACAUGGAUGUAGACAGUGAUCCUUUUCUGCCGGAGGCCAUUUCAAGUACAUCACAGGCUGAAAUAGAGUUAUCUCGAAAUCGUGUAUCUGUAUUUUUGACCUCGCAUACUGCGUAUGAGUUGCUUCCUGAGUCUGGCAAGGUGAUUGCCUUGGAUAUAAAAUUACCAGUCAAACAAGCAUUUCACAUUCUUCAUGAACAGGGAAUAUCUGUUGCUCCUUUGUGGGAUUUCUGCAAGGCUCAGUUUGUUGGAAUUCUUAGUGCAUCAGAUUUCGUUUUAAUACUUAGAGAGCUUGGGAAUCAUGGAUCUAACUUGACAGAGGAAGAACUUGAGACACAUACUAUAUCUGCCUGGAAGGAGGGGAAAGCACAUCUCAACAGACAUAGUGCUGGAAAUUUGAGAUCACAUUCAAGGCAUCUUGUCCAUGCUGGGCCAUACGAUUCUCUGAAAGAUGUUGCCUUGAAACUUCUGCAAAAUAAGGUGUCUACUGUUCCUAUCAUUCACUCUUCAUCACAGGAUGGUUCAUACCCCCAGCUGCUACACCUGGCUUCCCUAUCUGGAAUACUUAAAUGCAUAUGCCGGCAUUUCAAGCAUUCUUCUAGUUCUUUGCCUAUCCUUCAGCAACCAAUAUCUUCAUUUCCUUUGGGUACUUGGGUUCCAAAAAUUGGGGAAUCAAAUGGAAAACCUAUUGCUAUGCUACGACCAAAUGCCUCAUUAGGUGCUGCUCUGUCACUGUUAAUUCAAGCUGAUGUCAGCUCCAUACCGGUAGUGGAUGAGAAUGAUUCAUUGGUGGAUGUAUAUUGUCGAAGCGAUAUUACUGCUUUGGCAAAAGACAGAGCAUAUACACAAGUUCGUCUUGAUGACUUGAGUAUCCAUCAGGCCCUACAACUGGGACAAGAUGCAAUCUCUCCCCGUGGCUUUUUCAAUGGACAAAGGUGUCAGAUGUGUUUGAGGUCUGAUCCUUUGCAGAAAGUAAUGGAGCGGCUGUCAAUCCCUGGGGUCAGAAGAGUUGUAAUAGUGGAGGCUGGAAGUAAGCGCGUGGAAGGCAUCAUUUCACUGAGCGAUGUGUUCAGCUUCUUGCUUGGUUAGGGCCCAAAAAAAAAUGAAAAAGAAAAAGCUUCUUGAAGGGAUCCGAUGACACACUUCUUGCAAGUGGAUUAGGCUCAUGCUUCAAAGCCCUGUUUCAUUCAGGACAUCCAACAAAAUGGAGAAAAAAUUAUCUGUAAAUAAGAAGAUUCACUUUCCUUUACUCUUUAUAUUGAUUUUAGUGGUGCAGUCUCCCUGUGGUUACAGCCACAGAGUGUCUAUUCCCAUCGACCAAAUGAGGCAAUGGAGAGGAAUCUGUUUGUAGCACCUCAUGGCUCAUGAUGCAGGUGCAAUGUCCAUAGAAAGGUUGUUAGUAUAUCUUGUUUAGGUAGGGAACUAACUUGUCAAUUUUUGAAGUAGGAUCUGCAUCAGGCGUCGUAUUUCCUGAUUAAAAUAUGCUUCUUUAGCAUAUACAGUUACAUGGUCAUCAAUCAUCCACUUUCAAGUUGAUAUAAUGCUUAAAAAUUCAACCAAGUGGCUGUUCCAUUCUGAUUGACAAAGAGGAUGCUAGACCUGGAAAGUAUCAGCUUGGGAGUUGGGAUCAUGUCUCUUAGAGACACUCUGGAUGUACAAUUUUAUUCCGGUCUUAAUAUUUUAGUUGAAAAAUGCAGUCAGGUGUUGGAGCAUACGAGUGUAUGAUGGAUGGUAAUUCAUAUUACUGGGAAAUCUUGCUGCAUAGCAUUCGCUACUUGGUGGUGUUGUCUGCACACGAUGUUCUGUUCAUCCAAGACCUUUUGUUGACGGAAGCUUGCAAAAUUGAUGGUCCUUGUGUUCCUAACAUUUUCUGCUUUGCAGUAGCUUUAUUGAUUUGAUCAUGCAAUACUUAGCUUUAAAGUUCA